CGGCCGGUCAAUCAAAUCAAUAAACGCACGCAUAUGCCAGUUGUCAGUUUAAGUCAUUCACAAAAUUUUUCUUUUCUUUGUUUCUCCCGGCAUCUGUUUUUUACAACAUUUAGUUAAUUUUGCAUGAUGGCGGCUCGUAGCCGUUUUCAAAAUCAUUCUAAUUCCAACGAGUGGGACUCGUUGCGGGAGGACUUCAACAAUACCACAUAUGAACCUCAGUAUCCUGAUGAGGAAGCAAGUGGUGUGGUACAAUUGGACCACAAACGGCUCUACAUAACUAACAUUCCUAAUGUCCUCAAUGAGGAGGGGCUCCGGACAGCGUUCUCGAAGUAUGGCACCCUUUUAGAAGUGCACAUGAGUAAAGAUCCAAACAAGAAGUAUGCUUUAGUCUCAUUUGAGACACCUGGAGAAGCAAAGUUGGCGAUGACCAAACUGAAUAGGACGGAACCUCUACGGCUCAAUGUUAAUAUAGCUCAUAAGAAAAGAGUGCCAGACAAUAGGAAUUAUGAGAAGGAGCAACAGUAUACUAGAAGAAGCAACAAAGAAGAUACGGCCAGCGUUGGCAGCCGAAGCAAAAGCAGGAAAGAUUUGGCCAAUGGAGAUAAAGACGCAGAGGAUGACAUUGGUGGCAAUGAGUUUGAAUUGGCGCCCAUGGACCCUGACCUUGAGUUGGAGUUGGAGCAGAUCAAGCUGAAACAGCUGGAGCUGCAGGAGGAGCAGGUCCGCUGCAAACAGAGACUGCUGCUGUUGAAGACCACCAAGCGUGCUAGUAAUGUGAACACCAGGUGUAUAUUGCCUGAUGGAAGGAUUGUCGUUCGCAACGUCAGCGAGAGGAACUUGGAUACUCGCGACACUGAUGCGAGUUACGGCGCCGGCGCAGGCGAUUCGCUAAAAAUUCCCGCGCUUCAGCGCUUGGGUUCGCGCGCAUGCGUGUCGUGCGGCGACGACGCGGACGCGUUCUGUUCGCGAUGCGGCGUCACGCCGUACUGCUCAGCGCGGUGCCAGCGCCGCGAUUGGACCGCGAGGCACCAGGCUGUGUGCCACAACCUAGCCAGAUUGGCCUCAGGCCGUGACGUCCAGGAUGCUGCCGACGCUGUGGAACCAUCAAUUCCUCCGCCCGCCCCUUUGCGCCGGCCUCAUUCACCGGCCAAGGUGUGCCAGGAACCAGUUAGGCAGGGAAGGCAAGAGACCAAAAGGCAGGAUAGGCAGGAGCCUAAUAGGCAAGAGAAGCAAGACGACGGCUUUGAUAGGCAGAAUAAUAAGGUGUUUACUGCACCGGGGCACACGAAACAGCCUCAACAACGUAACAACAACAACCGACGCAGCGGUCGCUCGUUCAACAACAACCGCGACCUGAACAACAGUCGCGAUUCGAACAACAGCCGCGACAACAACGGUUACAACAACAACAAGUUCGAUCGUCCGCAGUCCAAUAAUAAGGAGAACUGGGACAAUAGGAAUACCGCUGUCGAACCAAAGCAAACUAUAGUUCAGAAAUCGGCGCCGGUGAUUAAACCUAUUCCCGAACCAGUGGCCGAGCCUAAACCAGUGACGAACACCGUCGCGAGCGUCAAGAGACCAGGCAACGUUGGAGAUGUGACGCCUGCUAAAAAAAUUGUACCGAAGAACUACAUAUUAGAGCUACUGCCGAUUGGCGCAGUAGCCCUGAUCUCAGUAGACGCGAUGACCACAUCGUGCGCCAGCAACGCCCGCGGCUUCGUCUGCGUGUGCAUGCACGACCAAUUCUCCGAGGAAUACGAGGCGUUGUGCGGGCCCUACGGCACCGAAUGUGAGGAGGACCAUACUACUUUCCAGCCAACUCCAGGAGACGUGUUCUCCUAUCUCAGUCCAGAAGACGGCGCCUGGUACCGCGCCCGUUCUCUAGGCAGAGACAAGGCCGCACUCAUAGACUCCAGCAAGACCAUAGAGCUACAGAAGGGCGACGCCACCAAGCGUCUGGUGGGGAAAUAUGAAGAUAUACCGGAGUUUUGCUGCGUGCUGGAUGCGGCUAAUAUCAAGGUCGGUGACAAUCUGAAAUGCACCAUCUUAGCCAAGACAGCGGACGGGCACAAAGUGUCGCUAGUGGAUAUUGAAACUAGCGCUUCUGUCGGGGAAGGUAUUGUUUCAAGAUGGCUGCCUGUUGUUGAAUACCCACCACCGGCCGCUGCGUCGCAAACGCCAGCGAUACCGGAAGUGGCGCGGCCGGACGUGACGCACAACAGCAAGGUGUUGCUGGCGGACAUCACCGCUGUGGACAGAGCCUAUGUCCGGCCCAGCGACACUGCCGCCGUCCGGGAUCUGGACCAGAUCCUGCAGGAUGUGUACUUGUGUGCUGCUAGAGGGACACCCCUAACCCAGCCGCCGAAGAAAGGUGAUGUGGUGAUAGGAAAGUUCACUGACGGUUGCUUCUACCGGGCGCUCGUGAAGAGAACCAACGUCGCACAGAACAAAUAUCUGCUUGAAUACAUCGAUUUUGGUAAUGUGGAAGUAGCCAAGCUAGAGAACCUAUACCCAUGUCCAUCGGAAUUCAACUUGACCACAAAACCCACUCCGGUGUCCAUGGUGAGACUCCAGGCCAGCUGUAGCAACACUCUCACUCCGCAAGCCAUAGAGUACCUUGAUAAACUGAAGGACAACAACGUGGAGCUGAUUCUGACAAUCCCCUCGGGCACCAAGACAGCCCCGAGCGGGUCGGCCGUCAACCUGGUAGUCGUCAAAUCAAACGAAUCCGUGAACAAAACGGUGGAGGGAUUCUGCACGCCCGAGUGGAAGAAAAUGGAGGAAAAGGGCGUCGAUGUUGUUGAGUCCCCGAAGCUGAUGUUCAGUUCGCUGUCGUACGCGGAGCUGCCGAGGCGCGGCUGUGAGCUGCAGGUGCUGGACGCGAGCGCGCUGUCGGCGGGUUCGCUGGCCGCGCGCUGCGCCGGCCUCACGCACCAGCUCCGCGCGCUCGAGACCCUCACUCAGCGGAUGGCGGAAUAUUGCAACAGUGAGCUGGGCCGCCGGCCUUACUUACCCGCUUUGGAGGAGCUUUGCAUCGCUCAAUGCCCGCCUUACACACAAUGGUUCCGCGCUGUGGUGAUCGAACAUACUCCCGGCGAGGCGGAGGCCCGCGUGCUGUACAUCGACUACGGCAACAUAGAAAAGGUGCCAGUCUCGCUGCUGCGCAAGAUGCUACCGGAGUUCGUUACGCUGCCGGCGCUGGCCUGCCAUGUGGAGAUUGCAGAUUUCCCGAAGCCGGCAACAGAAGCGCAGCUGAGCGCGGCGCUGCAGCACAUGCGCGUGAGCGCGGACUCGAGCACGCGCGCGCGCGGACGCUUGCUCGUGCGCGCGUGCGAGCGGCAGGAGCCCGGCCUCUACACCGUGCACGCGCCGCUGCUCAUCGCAGCUAUGAUGGACCUUUAGAUAAGUCUUUCCGAGUCUUGCGUUUCAUUUCAUGUCUUUGUCUGGUGCGGCGUCUUUUUUUUAAAACGUAAUUGUUGAGAAGAGUGUGUUUUUGAGAAUUUCUUUCACCGUUAUUGACCGCGCUCAGAUUUCAAGAAAACUCAUCUACGCUGGUUUUGUAUGAUUAUUAGUAUUUAACAUAAAAUAAUUAAUCAGUUGUUGUCUAGCCCUCGCGGUGUUCCAUUCACAUAACAAAUGGGGAUUUAGUUAAGCCUUUUCGAAUCAUUCGUUUAGUUUGAUGUGUUUUAUAGUGCUGUAGCUGGAUAAAUGUUAGUCUCAUAUAUUUUUUCUGUUAUCAUCGACUAAUGUCAGAUUUUGUUGCUUCAAGCUUUAUAUACUAAACCAAUCUACUUGUAAUUUUGCAUACAUGUAGUUUGAAGUACGGAGAAGGACAUGGGGUAAUUUUCAUCCCGGAAAAAAUUAUGUAUGUUAUACAAAUAUGUAUUUAUAUCUGGCAUUUGUCGACUAUACCAUUUUUAUGUGAAUUCAGACACUUUGUGAAAAUUAUAUUUCACAUAUAACACUGGUUUAAGCUUAGUUUGUAAGGUUAAAUGGACCAUUUUGUUACGUAAUUUUCUAUUUUCGACAUUUCAACGACGAUACUCCCAUGUUCACAUUAUAGUUUAUGUCCAGUUUACAUUGUCUAUGCUAAAUUCGUUGAGUAUUUGUAGAAAUAACACAACACUUAUCUGAAUAUUUUUUCAAUACGUAUACCUGUGGAGAUGCAUACAAUCUUGUUUAUAUCUCUUUAUAUCUAUAAAAUUUACCUAUAAAUAAAAUAGGACUUAGCAAAAUAAAUUAUUCGAAUUGGUAUACUUGCAUAUAUGACGACCUCCGCGGCGUAGUGCUGAACACCCGUCGGUCUGGUGGUCUUGAGUUCGUUUCCCAGCUUGGGCAAAUAUUUGUACUUGUGAUCACAGAUUCUCGGGUGUGUUGAGUCAUCGGACCCGCGGCUUGCAAGCUUAGUGCUUCAUGUGGACGGGCCACACGGUGUUGUCCAUAGGUAUAAUUUUAAUUUGUAAUAAAAGUAUAUUUCUAUAAAAGUACAUCAAGAUAUUUCGUUUUUGAAGUAGGUACCUAAAUAAAUGUGAUAUAGACAAGCCGUUGACAGUUGCUUUUUUGGUUAUUUAGUUUUAAAAGUUGAUUUAUGACACGCAAUCAUAAGAUAGCUUUAUCCUUAAGUAUGUUUUACGUUAUUUUCAUAAGUUUUCAUUAUAAUUUCAAAUUAUUGUACCAUUAGGUAAACGAUAUUUUCUGGGUUGUAUCACAUUAUGUUGGCCAUAAGAAGUCCAGUGCUGGGUUGUUUAGGCGUACCAAAGCCAAGAGAUCCGAAAGAGCCAAGCCCCAUUGCUCAGUCGUGGUCCGUUAUGCUCCGUUGUUUCCAAAGGUUUUGACAAACAAUGACCUGUUUUGAUAUACGUUGAAUCUCCAUAUUUCUCCAUAAUUUCUGUGUUGUCCGUCGACGGAUGUCAACGGACGAUGUAGUGAAACUGAGCAAUGGGACAUGGCUCUAAUGCCAUUUAAUUAAAAUACACUAGCUGUAUUAUUUUUUUUAUUAAAUAGUUAUUGCAAAAGUAAUUAAAUUAUACUUCUAACUGGUCCAAUGUUGGAUAGUAACAAACAAAAAAUGUCACCCGUUUUUGCUGCUAUAGAUAGAAUAUGGUUGGGAUUAUUGUAUGACAGUAACACAUUUUUGGACCAAAGUGUAUUUGGGUUUAUUCGUAGAAUGUCGACUUCUCAAAAUGUCCCGUAGUCAUAAAAUAUAUCUUUCUUUUUAUUUUCGAGCAGCAGCUUUUGGCAGACCAACUAAUUAUAUUAAUUUAGACCAGUGUUCCUGUCGUUUCCUCAAAAAUUUUGAAUUUAUAAAAAAAAUCGUUAUUCUUUAAGUGUCCUAACUUAAGUAAAGUAAAUGCUUUCGCAAGUUCAUAGCGACAUUUUAAUGAGAGGAGCGAAAGCCAUUCAUUUUGAAAAAUGUACAUAUAUAGACAAUGAGAAAAAUAUGUUUUAUCAAUUGAGGACAUUUUGAGAAGUUGACGUUCUGUGAAUAAUCUGAUUGUUAUCUUAACAAUAAAUGAUUUAUAAUAUAACAACACAAAAUGUCUCUCACAACACGAGUUACAAUAAAAUGUAAUUUCUAAGUUCUAUAUAUCAUAUUGGAUUGUACAAUAUUCACAGUACAUCUAUAAAAAUAAUACUAAUACAAAUAAGAAUACGAUUCUCAAAGAGUCCAUAUCGCUUUUUGAGGGGACUUCAUUGUGAUAUGUGACAUACGUGUAAAGAUCCCCCUGGUGGGAUAGAAUGAGCAAUUCGCUUGUUUGAUAUAAACGCACCAUGACCGUGCAAUUAGUAGAUACUCUGGAGUACCUACAAAAAGAAAUGCAAUAUGGCGUCGUUGACGUUUAUAUGCUUAUUUGAAUAUUUAUUUAGUUACUUCGAAAUCUGAUAAAUAAAUGUCGUUUUUGUCUAUCUAAAUCAAAACUUACCAAAACGAAGUUAUAAAACUUAUAUAUAUUUUUUUAAAUUAAAAAAACAAAAGUAAUGAUAAGGUCACGUGAUAAAUGUUGCUGCUAAGGGCAUAUUAGAUUACAGCGUAUUAUUUUUUAGCGGUCAUUUGGUUACGACCUGUGGUCACAGGUUCGAAUCCUUCUCGUGCCUCAUGAAUUUUUUAACACGUUUUUUUUCUUUCGUACUUCGUCGGAAGGACGAAGGAGAAAAAAACGUUUGAAAACGUGCAAACAAUUGACUAUAAGUUAACUAAGUGGCAGUAGUUGUCAUGUCAGAUGCCUUUGGGUGACUUGGUGACUUGAGAUAAUCUGAUACUCGUACUUACACAUCAAGUAAUUUUCUUGUCAAGUCUAUCGUAAUGCUUUGUCUAUUACAGUUUUCGUAUCAGACAUUUGAUAUCAAAUACUGGUGAGAAACCUUAUGCAUUUUAUAAUAGAUAAACUUUAAAUUUUUUAAGGUUUUCGAGGAGGUAAGUGAUUUUUCAAACGGAGACGAAAUUGGUACUCGUGUUGCCAAGUCGACGUGAAAAAAUUGAGAAGUUUGAUUUCCUCCUAUACUUCUCCAUUCACAAUAUUUCCAAUCGUACGAGGGCUGCUAUUUAUGUAUCCGGAAUAACAAAAUUAAACAAACAUAUAUUAUUACAUAUGGUUUUAUUGUUUCUCGAAGUAUUCUCCGCGAUGAUCUAUGCACUUCUGCAUACGAUGAAACCAAUUUUCAAAGCACUUUUUCCAUUCUGAUUGAGGUAUGUCCAAAACGUGUGUUUUGAACGCAUCAACGGCCUCUUCGCGGCUCGAAAAACGUUGACCACGUAAUUUAUUUUUAAUGUUUGGAAAUAAAUAAAAAUCAUUGGGUGCCAGGUCGGGGCUGUACGGCGGAUGACCCGUCAAUUCAAUCUUUUGACCCUCCAAAAAAUUAUUUGUUUCAGCCGACUUGUGGCAGCUAGCAUUGUCGUGAUGAAGUAUGAUUCUGCGUUGUGGGUUGUUCUUUUGUAUUUUUUCAAAGACUUCUGGCAAACAAAUGGUGGUGUACCAUUCAGAAUUAACCGUCCUACUAUUCUCUAGUGGCACUGUAGCUACAUGUCCGUUGAUACCAAAAAAACAAGCGACCAUUUGCUUUAAAGUGCUUCUCGCACGAACAACUUUUGUUGGAUUCGGUUCAUCUUGAAAGACCACACCGUUGACUGCUGUUUAGUUUCAGGGUCAUAAGCAUAGAUCCAGGUUUCGUCACCUGUGUAGAUAUUAUAAACAGCUUUUGACGUGCCACGGUUGUAUUUUUUUAUCAUUUUCUUACACCAGUCGACACGAGCCUGUUUUUGAUCUACGCUCAAGUUGUGCGGAAUCCAACGCGAACAAUUUUUUUUAACAAUUAAAUGUUCGUGUAAUAUCGCGUGUAUACUCGUCAUACUAAUGCCCAGAGACGCCUCUAUCUCGCGGUAUGUAACAUGACGAUCUUGCAUUACUAAUUGUCGCACAGCAUCAAUAUUUUGUUGUACCACUACCGAUUUAGGACGACCCUCCUUAAUUUCAUCCGUGAGCAUAGACCGUCCACGUUGAAAUUCCUUAAACCAAUAAUACACAGUGGUUUUCGAUGGUGCUUCAUCUCCAAAAGUUAAAAUCAGUUGUUCGAUGCACUGUUUUUGAGUUAAUCCACGCCGAAAAUCGUAAUAAAUCAUCGCGCGAAAAUGUUCACGAGUUAAAUCCAUGGCAAUGAAGACAAGCUAUUUUCAAAAUUGGCGCCAAUUGAAAAAAACAAAUGACAGGGACAUGAAAAAUAUUUAUUCUCUAGCCGAAGAGUUCUAUUUUCAAAUGUUGUAAUUACUUUUUAAAUAUUCUAGAAUUAUUGGCCAGUUCCGGAUACAUAAAUAGCAGCCCUCGUAUUUAUCAGUAGUAUCAGGGAGUAGUACUGGCUGUAUUCUUAUUCUACGGAAGUAUAUGUCGAGUAUGCGUUUUUCUACAUUCAUUUUUUAGAGAUUUUCAAAUUAUUCAGUGAUGUUAUAUUUCGCGAUGUGAUUUCAGACGAAAAGCCUUGUGAAUGUAACGAAAUUUCACGUGUGUGUCGGACAUUAUUGCAUUUGUCGAGUUUGUUCCAUGCUGACAUGUGACGUUCGUAUGUUUUUCGACAUUAUUGCAUUUGUCGAGUUUGUUCCAUGCUGACGUGUGACGUUCGUAUGUUUUUCGACAUUCUUGCAUUUGUCGAGUUUGUUCCAUGCUGACGUGUGACGUUCGUAUGUUUUUCGACAUUAUUGCAUUUGUCGAGUUUGUUCCAUGCUGACGUGUGACGUUCGUAUGUUUUUCGACAUUAUUGCAUUUGUCGAGUUUUUUCCAUGCUGACGUGUGACGUUCGUAUGUUUUUCGACAUUCUUGCAUUUGUCGAGUUUUUUCCAUGCUGACGUGUGACGUUCGUAUGUUUUUCGACAUUCUUGCAUUUGUCGAGUUUGUUCCAUGCUGACGUGUGACGUUCGUAUGUUUUUCGACAUACUUGCAUUUGUCGAGGUUUUUCCAUGCUGACGUGUGACGUUCGUAUGUUUUUCGACAUUCUUGCAUUUGUCGAGUUUGUUCCAUGCUGACGUGUGACGAUUUUCGACAUUCUUGCAUUUGUCGAGUUUGUUCCAUACUGACGUGUGACGAUAGUAUAUCUUUAGACAUUUUUCCAUACCGACGUUUGAUGUUGGUAUUUAAACAAUAUUCCCGGCAAGUAACAUCAUUAUUCACAAUGAUUACUUGUUCGAUAAAAAUAUAUCUUCGUUUUCGCAGAUGUAUCGUUAAAAUCUUCAUUCAGCUAUUAGCUGAAUCAGUGGGGUUUGCAGAUUAGACAAAUAUUUACAAUAUUCAAAAUGUCAUGUGACUUUGAAUUUAACUCCACUCCAACGGCACUUUUCUGGUUGUUUAAUGACUGUUAAAUGAUAUAGGGAGUUUUUAUUUUUUUUUUCCAUUUAUAUUUCUACUUCAGAUUACAAAUUUUUCCAAUUGAAACGUGAAUGUCCAUAAAUUCAUUUCGUAUCGGUGCAAGCUUUUUAACUCUCACAGCAUUGUGCGUGAAUGACGUUGGGACGUUCAAUUUUUGAAAUCGAACGAUUUUGAGUGUUUCUUAGACACUUAAGAUUUUUCAGGUCUCAUCGGACGAUUGUGUUUUGCAGUUUUCCCGGUGAUUUUGUUCUUAAUGGUUCCUAGAAACUUAUAACAUUUACCCCAUAUCAUCGAGCGGUUGCUUUCCAUUUUUUCCCGGCAAGUAAUUUUUUCCCUAAUGGUUACCUUCUUCGUUAAUGUUGUAAGUGAAUACAUUUACUACGCAGCUGCAAAUAACUCUGUCUUACAUGGCGCUAUGUGUUUCAGCUGUAUAUAAUUAAAUCUAGGUAUAGUCCUGCAAUAUGGAUUCCGCAUUAUAUAAAUUCUUUAGAAAAAGACCUUUAGCGUCAAAUACUGGUGAGAAACCAUUCCAAUGUCAUGUUUGAAUGCUUACAUUCCACCUGCAAGUGCACGAUGCAACUAUAUCACGGGCACAAAACACUAUGCACAAACUUUUUGCUAGUUUUUAAAUAAAUUGUCAUUUUUCGUCCCGAUGUUCUCAUCGUGUGAAGCUUCCUGUUAUCCAACACUUACAAAUCACUUGCACAUUUUCGAUAUUGACGUGUUCAUGGCCAUAUAUGAUUUUUCAGGAGAAACGUUUUAUCUUUAGUAUGAAUGAAAAACGUUUAUUUAGUAAACAGAUUAUGGAAAUACAUUUUACAUAAAAUAAUGCUACUAAUAUUUACAAGUGAACCGUAGUAUUUCCCGUUAUUCGUAGUUGAUUGAUGUGAUGGAAAUACUGAUAUUUUCAUUACGUCAUUGUAGUCUUCACAGACGUGAUAUUAUGCAUUUUACCGCUAACCAGAGUGUUUGUAUGAACGCUUUGACCUCCAAUGUUUUAUGGAGACCUCAAAUAUUAUUAUAUUUCCCGUCUUUAUGACGUUUAUCGACUUAUUUCCAUACUGACGUGUCAUGUCAGUAUUUACAUUAAAAUAAUAUCUCAUCUUCGCGUGUUCCCUGUUGCAUUCGGAGCUGUGACGCACCAAAGCCAAAGGAUAACGUAGAAAAAUUGCCAUCGUUGCCUAUCAGGUUAAGAUUUUGUGUCCUUUAGUCGCCUUGUACGACAUCCACGGGAGAUAUGGAGUGGAUCUUAUUCUAAGGCGAAAGUACACUACAUUUAUAUAACUUCAAGCCAACAAUUUUCCUGGUUACAAAUUUCAUAUAUAACAUAGGUACAAAUGGGUGAAGUUUGGAAACCAAUAUUGUCACUUUGGCUUCCAAACUUCUAUUCUAUGGCUUUGUUCCAGACUUGACUAGUCUAUUUUUGACUGAUUAGAAUCCUUAUGUAAUGGUUUUCAAAGUAAAGAUUUUGAUUUUAUCAAUCAAAAUAUAUAUCAAUAUUUUGCAGAGUCAGAAUAAUGUUUAUAGCCUACAAGAUUUUGUGCCCCUUAGUCGCCUUGUACGACAUCCACGGGAGGAUAUGGAGUGGUCCUAUUCUAGGGCGGAACCACACGCCGUAAAUUAUUUUUAUUAAAACAAUAUUAACGGCAAAUAGCAUUCUUCGUGGUUACCUGUAUAUGAUACUUGUUUGUUUUUCAACGUGGUUUAAAUUACAGAUUCCAUCUCAUGUGGAAAAUUGUGUCUCUGCUAUGUAUAUUACCUAAAGUUGAGUUGUACAAUAAAGACUUCGAAUUGAAACAUCCCUGAAUGAAAGACCUUUCGUAUCAAAUACUGGUGAGAAACCUUCUCAAUGUUAUUCCAUUUAUAGCUGGGAAAGCUUGACAUGGGAUUUUUAAAAUUACAUAUCAAAUUAUACUAGAAACUCCACAAUCGAAGUAGAUUCUAUCAUUGAUAUAAACUUUUUUGUUGUGAACAUCACAAUUGUUGAGAAAACUUAAUUCACAUUGAAAUAUUACAAUAUGAUUGUUGUAGGUAGAUUCUGUGGCGGGAGCGAGGUGAACAUGCUCGAACACCACAAAGGGAAGAUAAACAGCCACAGUUAUAUCAUUGAUAUAAACUUUUUAUAUUGUAUAUCAACGUUACAUUUGCCGAGAAAACUUAAUUCACAUUGAGACUUAAAUUCCAUAUAAAAUUAUAUGAGAAACUCAGAGCUAUGAUUAUAGUAGGUAGUUUAUUGAAAUGACUUACAGCAAACUUUAUAAUGAAAAAUUUGCUGAGAAAUCUUAAUUCAAAUAUAUAUUUUAAAAUUCGAUAUAAUGAGAAACCCUUACCGAAAUGUUUAUCGUUGUGGAAUUUACCACUGCUGUAAGCAUUAUUGUUACCUAGCUUUUUGUAAUGACAUUGGAUGUCAUACCUGUUAAGAAACGUAAGUGAUACUGCUGAGAUCCAAUAUGUAAUUUCGAAUCAUACUAGUAUUGAGAAAGUUAAUUUUCAUUGGGAUUUUAAAUUUCCGUAUAAAAAACUAUAUGAGAAACUUAGAGCGAAGUUAAAAUUACAAAAACCUUAUAAUAACAUUUAUCCUCAAAAAGUGAAGACUUCAAAAAGGAACUUAUCACUUAUUUUUGAAAAAUAAACGCCUCUUUUUGGAGUCACUUUUUGAGGUUAGCAUUUCACUUGGAGUCGAUUCGCAGUGAGACGCGUCUAACCAAUCAUAUUGCGCCAUUAUUAUGCAACGAUAAACACACCGCAAUGUGAUUGGUACACUGCGGCUCGCUUCCAUAACAUUCGCCAAAGUCGUAUAAUGUACUUCUGCAUAUUUUGCGAAGCUCUGACCGAAGCCGACCUUUAUCUAUGAAAGAUUUUAAUGACCAUGCAUUUUGCAUAAUGUUUACAAACACUUUAAGAUAAUGUCGCUCUUUCUGUCUGCCUAAUAUUGUAUUGCGCGAUAGUGACAGAACAUAUAUGCUUAUGAACAAGAGGGAUGUUAUGUAACAGUUUUCUUUCCACAAAAUAAUGUGUGAACAUGAGUUUUUUGUUAACUUAUAAGGUUCAUGUAUCAUAUUGUAACGCACAAUAAAAAUUUAAUACUA